GCCGGUUCUGCAGCGGCGGCUGUAGCUGCAGCCGCCGCCCGUUUCAGCGCCGGCGCUGAUGCCUCCUGCGGUGGCCCGGGAGGGAAGAUGGCGCCGUCCCACGUCCUCAAGUGUUGCCAGAAGGUGCUGGCCUGGGUGCCCGUGGCCUUCAUCGCCCUGGUCGUGGCCUGGUCCUACUACGCCUACGUGGUUGAGCUCUGUGUGUUUACUAUUUCUUCAACUGCAGAAAAAGCUGUCUACCUUGUGAUUUUUCAUCUGUCGUUUUUCAUGUUUGUAUGGUCUUACUGGAAGACAAUUUUCACACCUCCUGCAUCCCCCUCUAAAGAGUUCUGUUUGUCAAAAGCUGAUAAAGAACAAUAUGAAAAAGAAGAGAGACCAGAAUACCAGCAGGAGAUUCUGAGAAGAGCUGCUAAAGAUUUGCCUAUCUAUACGACAACAGCAUCGAAAGCAAUCAGAUACUGUGAUCGAUGCCAGCUAAUUAAACCUGACCGCUGCCACCACUGUUCCGCAUGUGACAUAUGUGUACUAAAAAUGGACCACCACUGUCCAUGGGUGAAUAAUUGUGUGGGAUUUUCUAACUACAAAUUCUUCCUCCUGUUUUUAAUGUAUUCCUUACUGUACUGUCUGUUUGUUGCUGCUACAGUCUUGCAGUACUUCAUAAAGUUUUGGACAAAUGAAUUGCCAGAUACUCAUGCAAAAUUCCACGUCCUUUUCCUUUUCUUUGUGGCAGCCAUGUUCUUCAUCAGCAUACUGUCACUCUUCAGCUACCACUGCUGGCUAGUUGGCAAAAACAGAUCAACCAUAGAAACAUUCCGUGCACCUACAUUUCGAAAUGGUCCUGAUAAAAAUGGCUUUUCUCUUGGAUGCAGCAAAAAUCUGAGGGAAGUUUUCGGAGAUGAAAAGAAGUAUUGGCUAAUACCUAUCUUUACCAGUUUGGGCGAUGGGUGUAAUUUUCCAACUCGUUUGGUGAUUAUGGAUCCAGAGCAACUUGCUGUCUCAAGCCAAAAUGAACCUGCCAAAAGCUCUGGACCAAAUCAGUCCUUUCCUACUCGACCACUCAGUGAAUCACAAAAUCGAUUGCUAACCAGUGACAGUCAGUGGGUGGAAAGUGGCCCUGAAGAGGAAAAUGUUAAAUCAGGUGCAAAAAAGCAUAUUAUAGUUUCAUUGGAAAGCUGAUCUCAGUUUAUUACUAACCAACCAUCUCAGUGAGAAACAGGUUUCUGCAACGCAUCUUGUGCUUGAAUAUUACUUAAUUUUGUUUGGAAGAAAUUGAUCAGUAAAAUACGGAACACAAACAUUUUGGGAAGAGACAAGAAACUGAAGUUUCUGCACAGUACAAUGGAUUCUUGUAAGCACUAUUGCAGAGCAGGGAAAUUAAGACAGAUGCCUUAAGAUUCUUAAUGUGCAUUUAUGCAACACUGAAUUAUAUACUGCUACCAAAGGGCCAAAUCCUGAAGUGCACUGCUUGGAUGCACAAGAUCCAGAGUGGGAACUAUGCAUUUCUGUUACGUUGCAGUGGUGGGGGUUGAUUGCAGAGACUCCUACCCCCCCCAUGGGUAAACUUCUUACCUUAGGCACUGCAGAAGUCACGUCCAUAGCAGGUAUCCAGGGGACAACAAAAACAAGAAAAAAAGAAAGAAAAAAAAACUGAAAAAAAAAGGGAAAAGAAAGGGAAAAAAAUCAACGUAGAGCAUGGACGGUGAGUCUGAAGUGGGAUGAUUUGUAGUUCAAACACCAGAGGAUGGUGAAGGGACUGGAUGAAGUCUUUCUUCUCCCCUCUUCUGUUAACCAGUCUACCCCAUGAUUAUAGCUCUGCAAGUCUUUCGGGACUGAGGAUUCCUUCUGCUCGCUAUGCUUUGGAGCAAGGCAAUGCCAGCAAUGUAAAAGCCUUCUACUUGGGUGUUGCUUUCUUGCUAUAGGUUUGACACCUUUCCUCAUUUUAACUUGAUUGAUUUAACCGUAUCAAGAAUGGAGCUUAAAGAAGCAGACUUGUUUUUUUGUUGAAAAAACAUGAUUAUUUUCCAAUGCUUGUCUAUCAGCAUACAAAGAAAAGCCAGUCCAAAAAGGAAUUAAGAGUUCUUACAUUUUCUGAUAAUGUUUGCAGCAUUCUGUAUAAGGCAGUAACAAAAUGGUAAAGUACCCCUGAGAAAAACUUUAUUGCAGUUGUGUGUUGCUAGAAAAUGGAACUGGAAGAGUACUGCUUUUUCUGUGGGACUCUUGAUGGUUUAUAAAUACUGUGUUAUGCAUUUAUUUUAUCUUUUUUAAUAAAGGCACAAGUUUUUAUUGGUUCUAAAGUACCAUUUAAACAAACAUCAAGUACUUAUGAGAAAAUUAGUGUUGGCUCAUACAUCUGUAUUAACACACUGAAAACCUGUAUCCUUUAGUCUGCCACUUUCAAGUCCAGUUUGUGAUGCUGAAAUUGCUAAAGAUUGAGUGCUUCAUGCAGUGAUGUACCUGUUCCCAAAAGGCAAAAUGUUUCCUGUGUGUGGAAUAAAGUCCAUCCUAAACUCAAGACCAACAGCAAACAACAUAGGUGGUUUUCCCCUUGUUCCUCUAUAGAAGACUGCUAUCUCCUCUUUGGGUGGUGGUGUCAUUUUUUCCAGGUGUAAAAUUCCAAGUACUACUUCCCUGAGUGUAACUUUUCUGCUAUUCAGCUGAUGCUGAUAAUAAACAGAUGUGAACCCUUUUGAUACAAACUGAA